UCAGAAUUCAACGUGAAGUUAGAAUAUUUUGUGUAGUGUAUUGAAAAGGACGUAAAUUCACUCACAAAACGCGUUUCUCCGCAUUUGGAAACUUUUCAUUUCACGAAAAUGGCGACGAAGCCGCUUCGAGUUGCGUACAUUUGUUUGGCAUGGGCGACACUAAUACAGGACACCAAGUCGGAUACGUCACAUUCCUUAAUACCGACCAAUAAACGGCGUCAAAGUAAUAUUUGUCAAAAUCACACAGCUGGAGAAUUCGAUAGAAAUCCAGAUGAUUGCCGAUCAUUUUAUUUGUGUUUGGAAAAUGGACAGGCGGUGAUUGCGCCAUGUCCGCCGACAAUGCUUUUCAAUGCGGUCAGUAAACUCUGCGACACCGCCGAAAAUGUCAAUUGUGACAUUAGCAUACCCAGCGGCAGCAGCAACUCCAACAAUAACAACAAUGGGAUAGCAAGCAAUGGAAACAGUAACGGCAAUGACGGUGCUGCUGAUGCUGAUGGUAACAAUGAAGUUUUAAGUGCGUCCCGCUAUUGCGCUUCACAGCAAAGCGAACAAAAUCGCAUCGUUUUCAUUGGCAGCAACAGCAAUUGCCAACAAUACUUCAUAUGUUAUUAUGGGCAGGCGGUGUUGCAGGAAUGCAGUGCCAAUUUGCACUGGAAUGCAAAAACUGGUAAGUGCGAUUUACCCGAAAAGGCUGGUUGCCAAUUGUGGGACGGCGACGUCGGUGUCGGCGAAUACGCGCCCGUGAACGGUGUUGGAAGCAGCGCCAACACUGCCGGUAUGCCAUCUCAGGGAAGUGAAAGUGGCGAGCAAUCCACCGUUGGUGAACUAAUCGAUUGUCCAAUAUAUGGACAACAUGUAUUUCCACACAUGUCGCGCUGCGACUAUUUCAUUUACUGUGUCAAAGGGUAUGCCAUACUGCAGCAAUGCCCCUUUUAUCACAACUUUGACAUUGUGUCGAAAAGAUGUAAAUGGCGCACAGCCGCCGUUUGUGUGCGAGAUUUAAAUAUUAAUUUUAAUAAAUUAAUUGCUAAAUAGGAUAGGAUAGAUUGAAAAAACUUUAAUUUAUUGCAAUAAAUUCUACAUAUGUAUGUACAUACGUAUGUAUGUUAAAAGAUCCUUAUUACUAAUCUGUGAUACAGAAACAAUACCUGCCUCCAAUGCUUGCAUAGCAGCAGAAAUGAGAUGAAUUAUCCAAUUGACUUACUAUAGAAGCAUAAGCUGAUUCUUUUGCGGCUUCUUUUUUUCUUUUUUAGGUGUUCAUCUGGCGAAUGUUUUAAUGCUCGUUCUAA